UAUUUUAAUUUUUAAUUGAAUACAAUCUUCUUACAACCGACCGGCUUAGGAAGGAUACGCGGGAGAGUCGGCGGAACUAGCAACGGAACUCUACUGCUAGUCGAUGGAGGCGGGGAACAUCUCCAGCGUUCUGCUCCUCCACAACGCCUUCAUCGUGACCAUGGACUCUGAGUCCAGAGUCUUCCGGAAUGGCGCCCUCGUCAUCGCCGGCGACAGAAUCGAAGCAGUCGGACGCUCCCUGGAUAUUCUUCGAGACUUUUCCCAUCGUGCUGAUGAGAUAAUCGACCUCGCGGGGCGUUUCUUGCUCCCAGGAUUUAUCAAUACUCACGUCCACACCUCCCAGCAGCUCGCGAGAGGGAUUGCGGAUGAUGUGGAUCUGAUGACGUGGUUGCACGAACGAAUCUGGCCGUACGAAUCCAACAUGACAGAGGAGGAUUCCUACAUAUCGACGCUGCUCUGCGGAAUCGAACUCAUUCGAACAGGGGUUACCUGUUUUGCUGAAGCAGGCGGCCAGCAUGUUAGCGGGAUGGCAAGAGCAGUCAAAUUGCUUGGUUUACGUGCAUGCUUGACACAGUCAACAAUGGACUCAGGGCAAGGUCUUCCAGCAAACUGGAGUGCGCUGUCUACUGAUGACUGUAUUCAGGUCAAACAUAAAAUUCUGAAUUCUUGUAAUGCUUUUACUUGGGCGGAUCUAUGGUGGGGGGACCCAGGAGCACGGGCCCUCAUUGGCCCAACCGGGAGGACAGUGUUGUGUUGCAGAAAAAGAUUAAAUGGGCGCAUCAAAGUAUGGUUUGGACUAAGACAAAUUAUGAAUGCGACUGAUAGGUUACUUACUGAAACAAAGAAGGUGGCACAAGAACUAAAAACUGGCAUCCAUAUGCAUGUUGCAGAAAUACCAUAUGAGAAUGAGCUAGUGAUGGAUACACGACAAGUUGAUCACGGUACUGUAUCUUACUUGGAGACAAUAGGGCUGUUAGGAAGCAACUUGUUGGCAGCACACUCUGUUUGGGUGGAUGAGGAUGAGAUUGGUUUACUAGCCAAGGCUGAUGUCAAGGUGUCUCAUUGUCCUGCUGCUGCGAUGCGAAUGCUUGGAUUUUGUCCUAUAAAAGAGAUGCUUGAUCUUGGUGUGUGUGUCUCACUAGGAACUGAUGGAGCACCUUCAAAUAACAGAAUGAGCAUUGGCUGGCUCAAGCUUUUGGCUAUAACCAUUACCUUCUUCAAAAUAUUUAAUGGUCUGUUUAGAGGAAAUUGCAGAUCACCCACGGUACUGUUGUAUGGUUAUAAAUGUCCGGAUGCCUUGAGCCACGAGCUAGUCUCGAGGUCAAUCAUUCUCAGCUCUACUUGUAGUUGUUUUGGACGACAAUCAUACAUAGAUGAAAUGUAUUUGGCCUCUCUCAUCAACAAAGGGCGAGAAGCUUAUAUUAAAGGAACAACUAACCCGACUGCUCUUCCUGCUGAGGUGGUACUAAAGAUGGCAACGAUAAAUGGUGCAAAGUCAGUUUUGUUAGAUAAUGAGAUAGGUUCUAUUGAGAUUGGUAAAAAGGCUGACAUGGUUAUCAUCAAUCCUUUUUCAUGGUCCAUGCUUCCUCUGCACGAUAGCAUUUCCAACCUGGUGUAUUGCAUGCGAACCGAGAAUAUUGAAUCAGUAAUGUGCAAUGGCCAAUGGAUUUUGAAGGAUAAGAAGAUCACAAAUCUUGAUGAGGAAGAAGUCUUUUCAUUAGCAAUGAAAGCUUCAAGCGACAUUCUUAAAAGGGCAGGCAUCAGCCUUCCUGAUAGGUUCAACUGUUUAUGAUGUCUCUGAAUUGAAGUGCAGUCUUAUCGAUUCUAGGUUCGUGUGAAAGGCCUUUUUCCUUUACUAGCGUCAUCUUGGUGUCCCCUUCUUCAUCGCCAUGAAAUAAGCAGAUUUUUCACUUAUUCUGAAUAUUUUGAGUUUUUUUGUUUUUAUUUGAGAUUUAUUUAACUUGGGUGAAUUCUAAAUUUAUCAAAAUAAAUAUUUUGGGUAUUUACCAAAUAAAAAAAUUUAAAAUUUAUAUAUAUAUAUAUCUUUUUUAUUUUAUAUUAGUAAUACUUAUAAUCAAACAAACUAGUCACUGUAUUUCUCCGAGAAGAGA